GCGUCAAAAUGUCAAAAACGUCACAUCCCCUUCCCUUUCUUCUUAACCUUAGAAAAAUAUCAGGUUGUCAAAAAUUUUUUUAAGUUGACAUUCAAAAAAUUAGACAAAACUAAAAGACACCUCAAGCUGAAGAAAUUAAAGACCGUUUAAAGUUAUGUGGAAUAUAGAAGUGUAACUUUAAAGUAUACUAAAGUUGCAGUGAACUUUUUGUCCUUAACGACCUUUGAAUUUCCCAAUGUGGUAUUACAACUGAGGUUAGAUUUAAAAAAUUUUGGAAAAAUACAUAACAAAUGGAAGAAUACACAAGAGAACCAUGUCCGUGGAGAAUAGUAGACGAUUGUGGAGGUGCUUUUACAAUGGGGUUAAUUGGAGGAGGAGUGUUUCAAAGUAUUAAGGGCUUUCGUAAUGCCCCCUCUGGAAUUAACAGAAGACUUAUUGGAAGUCUGACUUCAAUAAAACAAAGAUCGCCUAUUAUUGCUGGCAAUUUCGCUGUCUGGGGUGGUAUGUUCUCAACAAUAGACUGUGCUUUAAUUCAUAUAAGAAAGAAGGAAGAUCCCUGGAAUUCUAUUAUUAGUGGAGCAGCAACAGGGGGUAUUUUAGCAGCUAGGAAUGGUCUCCCUGCGAUGGCAGGCAGUGCUUUUAUAGGAGGUGUUUUGUUAGCUUUAAUAGAAGGAGUUGGUAUUCUCUUUACCAGACUGUCAGCAGAACAGUUCCAGCCCCAAUUACCCCCCAUCGAUGACCCUUCAGUGUUGAGUGAACAGCAAUCGAGUAGUACAGGAAACUACUCUUUUCAAUAGUUUAUUUGCCAAUUUGAUGUAUAGUAAUAAAUUAAUGAAAUCGUUAAAUAAAACACCAAAGAUUUGGUUUUCUUUAUAAUUAUAUGCGAA